AUGUGGACCCAGAGAUGGGGCUGCAGAUUGGGCUUGCGGAUGGGGUCCUGGAGGGUCCCCUGGCUGGGUCUGGAGGCAGAGCAGUGGUUGGGCAGCUACACCAAGGGUCCAGCCCCGGUCAUCAGAGCCAUAAAGAAAGUGGUGGUGUCAGGGAGAGAGCUCCCCCUGGAGGCAGCCCUGAGGACUGAGCGGGAUGUGUUCGGGACAGUGUGGGGAGGACCGGCUAACCUACAGGCUCUGGCCAGCAAGGCCAAACAAGUGAAUUAAACUUAGUCUUGUGAUUACAUUGUAUUCUCGUCCUAAUGUUCUGGAAGAAACCUAGAACGGCUGGAGUCGAAACUGUGAACCAACCCACGCUGCGAAGACUGAACUGGAACAUUAGGAUGCAAUGUAGAGGGUCAGAACUCAACCAGAACACACUUAACUAGUGUAUUCAUUCAGCCGAUUCUGUUGCUAAAGGUCUCUUAAAAACAGAAGCAAACGAAAUCUACCUGAAUUUGUCCAAUAACAACUAUAGUUUUAGUUGGAAACGUUUUGCAACCAUUUGGUGGAAUGAAUACACCCCUGGACUGUGCUCGGCGUGUGACAGUACCUUAUGGGGGAUUUAUAUUGCUGUGUUGAGAGUGACCACUAACAAUCAAUUCAUUAUUUUAGUGAAGGAAUUGUUAGUGACUGUUGGGACAAUUAUAUGGACCCAUCUAAACGUGGUAAUGUCCUUUUUUCCUCACUGGAGAUUAAGAUGACACUAGUUGUAAUAGUGACAUGUGAAGAUUGUUAUUGUGCCUUUAUGGCUCUACUACAGUCUAACACCAGGGUGACGGUGACAGAACCCCAGGGUGACAGAACACAGAACCCCAGGGUGACAGAACACCAGGGUGACACUGACAGAACCCCA